AUGGCGGGUUCUCCGACGCUUGUUUUCCUUCUGGUCGUCUGCUUCGCUGCUGCAGAUGACCACCUGCAUCCCAAUAGUAAUGUGGCGUAUGGAAAGUCUGCGAUUAGUCCAGAUUCCCCGGAUCAUGGUGCUGGUGAGGCUAGCCUGGGUGCUGCUACUAGCGAAAUGGAUAUUGAGCACGAUCGACCUGUAAACCACAUAGAGAAACCCCAGUCUGCUCCUCAAAACACCAUUACACCAGGUCCUCAUAUGGCAAUUGAAAACGGAGAUUUCGAGUGGACUAAGCUAUUUCUGGAAAAAUCCCCAAACAGAGUAAAUGAUUCAGAUGAUCGUGGAUGGUGCGCUUUACAUGUUGCGGCGCAGAAAGGAGAUGUCCGCAUUUUCCAGCUCCUCAUAGAGAAAGGAGCUAAUCCUUCGUGUAUUACCAAUGCCAAACUAACAAUACUACAUAUUGCUUGUGUGAAUGCUAAAUAUGACAUGUGUCAGUAUAUUCUACUAAAUUUUCCUUUUUUAUUAAACAGUGUAGAUGAUCGACUAUGGAAUGCUGCACAUUUUGCAGCACAAGGAGGAGAUAUUCGUAUUUUACAGCUCCUUGCUGAAAAGGGGCUCUCCAUUAACAAAAUCGCUAAAAACAAAGUAUCCAUUCUUCAUAUUGAAUGUAGUCAAGCAAAUUAUGAGAUGCCCCAAUAUAUAUUGUCAAAGCAUCCUGAUAUGAUAGAUAGUCUCAAUGAAUUUGGAUGGAGGCCUGUGCAUUAUGCUGUAAAAGGCGGGAAUGUUCACGUUUUACAACUUCUGAAAAACAAAGGUGUCUCUCUCAAUGUAACCACAAAGAAAAAAGAAACGUUACUACAAAUUGCAUGUCUGUGUGGUAGAUACGAGAUUUGUCAAUAUCUACUGUCGAUAUGCCCUGACAACCUCAAAGACGUAGAUGAACAAGGAUGGAAUGCUGCACAUUAUGCCGCACAAGGAGGGGAUAUUCGCAUUCUACAACUUCUAUCAGACCACAUGCUUUCACUUAAAGAGACCACACAGGAAAAAUGUACUAUUCUCCAUAUUUCGUGCAGGAAUGCCAAAUACGAUAUGUGCAGACACAUACUUAAUGUGUGUCCUAAAAUCCUACAUGAUGUCAAUGAGUUUGGAUGGAAUGCUGCACAUUAUGCUUCACAAGGAGGUGAUGUUCGAAUUUUACAGCUUCUAGCUGAAAAGGGGAUCUCCGUUAAGGCGACCACUGAAGAUAAAUGUACCAUUCUUCAUAUUUCUUGUAGUAAUGGGAAUUACGAAAUGUCCAAAUAUAUACUGUCGAGGUAUCCUGAAAUGAUUGACAGUGUCAACGACUUUGGUUGGAGGACUGCGCAUUAUGCUGCAAGAGGAGGAAACAUGAAGAUAUUACAACUUCUGAUAGACAAAGGCACCUCUCUAGGUGUAACCACAGGCAGCAAUGAGACAUUACUACAUAUUGCAUGUCUGUACGGUAGAUACGAGAUUUGCCAAUAUCUGCUGUCAGUAUACCCGGACAAUCUACAAAACGUGGAUGAGCGUGGAUGGAACGCGACACAUUUUGCUGCAAAAGGAGGAGACGUUCGCAUUCUUCAAAUCCUUGCAGACAACACGUUAUCUCUAAGAGAAAAAACACAUGAAGGAUGUACUAUACUUCAUAUAUCAUGUAGUAAUGCUAAAUACGAUAUGUGCAAACACAUACUACAAGUUCUUCCUGAAAUCUUACACGAUGUCAACGAACAGGGAUGGAAUGCUGCACAUUAUGUUGCAGACGAUGGAAACACGCAAAUAUUAGAUUUACUCUUUGAAAGGGGACUUAAAAUCUGA